AUGUGUAGUCCAGUACUUAAUUUACCGAGCUACAAGGAGCCUCCGGAAUGCAUUCCAUGCUACCCUGUUAGGGGUCUCCCGUGUUUGCCGUGCGGCAUGGACCCCGUUACAGUCCGUCGACCGCUCAUAGUCCACGACAGUACGUUCGACUACCGCCCCACCGGCUAUCCGGGAAUGCUGCUUAAUAACCAAGACAAAAAAGUCCGAUAUCAACUAAUUAAUUUUCAAAGACCAGUAUGUGCGGUGCGUGUGCUGCACCUCGCUGCUCGCCGUGUCGGCCGCCGUGCUGCGGAGGAGCCGGCUCACUCGUCACAGUUUACAGUCAAGUAG